UCUUCUCGUUCUUGGGGAGUCGAACGGUCAGAGUCACCGGAGAUCGAUCAUGGCUCGCCGUCGCCGGCACCACCGUCGUGGCCACCGUCGCCGGAGAGUAGAAGACGAAGGUGCCGAGCAGGAGGUGACUCCGGCCAUCCCACCGAGCUGUCCUCAUUUCUUCAAGAUCAUACUCUCUCAAACGCUGGAAUCUGGAAAGCUAGGAAUCCCAAAAAGAUUCUUGAGAAUACAUGGAAAGGAUCUCUUGGGUUUGGUGUUUCUCAAGGUUGAAGGCGGUUUAACCUGGCCUGUGAAACUAGAGAAGAGUGAGGAUGGCAUGGUUUGGUUGUGGAAAGGGUGGCGAAAGUUCAUGGAGCAUUACUCCAUCGGUCUUGGUCACCUCCUAGUCUUCAGAUAUGAAGGGGACUCCGUUUUCCGUGUGAUAAUAUUCGACAAGAGCGCUUCGGAGAUCGAUUAUCCCUCGAGCAUCGGAAGCUACGGACCGAGGCCUGAGGGUGAAUUUCUCUCUCGAAAAGAGGAAGAUGUCGUGGAAAUCGAAGAUUCAGAAGGGUUCGCGCCUCGUUCUAGGCCAAGGUCAAAGGGCUUGUCACGAGGAUUCGGAGGUCGAAGUUCUCUCACUGCCCUUGAAUUAGCCAGCAAAUUCAAGUCGGACCAUCCAUUUUUUAGAGUGGUGAUGCGACCUUCUUAUAUUCAGAAAUAUUUGUGCGUUCCUUGUGAAUUCUUCAGGAAACAUGUUCAAAAGAACAAGCAACUUGUGACUCUUAGGUACUCAGACAGAUCGUGGCAAGUGAAGCUGAGGAGCUAUGGACACAGACGAAUGGCAUUUCUCUCUACCGGUUGGUCCUCAUUCGUGAGAGAAACUGGUCUUCAUGUAAGUGAUGUCUGCGUGUUCGAGCUCAUUGAUAGGAAUGACAUUAUGUUCCGAGUCUCCAACUUCAACAAUGAUGGUCGGAUCGAAAUCGGACAGUCUCAAUGUCAAGAGAGCUCUUCGGAGCCAUCUUUUCAUGGUUCUCCAUGUUUGAGCCCUGUCACUGCUCAUGAAAAAGCUAGUGGAUUUGAAUCGGAUCAUCCCUUUUUCAAAGUGGUGAUGCGGCCUUCUUAUGUUCGGAAACAAUUGAGCAUUCCUAGUGGAUUCUUCAGGAAACAUGUUCAAAAGAACAAGCAAAUUGUGACUCUUAGGUACUCAGACAGAUUGUGGCAAGUGAAGCUGAGGAGCUUUUGA